CACAUGAACCACAGGAUCAUGACCUGAGCCGAAGUCGGACCGACUUAACCGACUGAGCCACCCAUGUGCCCCCCUUGGCCUGUUUUCAUACAGCCUUUGAGCUAAUUAUGUUUUGAAGGAAUUGUUUAAAAAAAGAAGGGAAAAGGAAAGGAUAUGGAACAGACCAUAUGUGGCAUGCAAAGCUUAAAAUAUUGGCCCUUUACAGAAAUAAAUAAUUUUAGAAAUAAUACAUGGGUUUGUCAUUUCAGCAUUUGGUGAUGUUCAGAGAUGUGGCUGUAGACUUUUCUCAGGAAGAGUGGGAAUGCCUGAACUCAUAUCAGAGGAAUUUGUACAGAGAUGUGAUAUUAGAGAACUAUAGCAACUUGGUGUCAGUGGCAGGGUGUACCAUUUCUAAGCCAGAUGUGAUUACCCUACUAGAGCAAGGGAAAGAACCCUGGAUGGUUGUGAGGGAUGAGAGAAGAAGAAGGAGCCUAGCCCGGCGUUCUCUGAACUCUGCACAUCUCCAGGAAAAGAACCCAGAAAACCAAUCAGUCCUGAUAGUUCUAGAAAACAUGCCCCAUUGGUUGGUGACUUUCAGGGAUGUGGCCAUCGACUUCUCUCUGGAGGAGUGGGAAUGCCUUAACUCCACUCAGAGGGAUUUGUACAGGGAUGUGAUGUUGGAGAACUACAGCAACCUGAUCUCACUAGCUGGAUGUGCGAUCCCUAAACCAGAUGUGUUUUCUUUAUUGGAGCAAGGGAAGGACCCCUGGAUGGUGACAAGAGCCAUGACAAGAAGAUGGAGCUCAGACUUGGAAUCCAGUUGUGAGACCAAAAAGUCAUCUCCAGAAAAGGGAGCUUAUGAAAUGGAAUCACUGCAAUGGGAAAAUAGGAGGAAACCUAUCAGCCAUAAUUUUGAUUACAAUGGUCUUAGAGAUAAUAUGGAGGGCAAAGGCAAAUUUGAGGAUCAACAGGGAAGUCAGGAAGGACUUUACAUGCACAUGAAAAUUACCUAUGGAGAAAAGGCCACCCAAAGCCAUUCUGUGUCACCUACUCUUCAUCCGCUAAAUCCUACCAGGGAAAAAUUGUACAAAUGUAAGGAAUAUGAACAAGCUUUCAGCUACCUGUCAUGCCUUACUCAACAUGAGAAAAGCCAUAAUAAAGAAAAACACUCUGAAGUUAAGAAACGUAGAAAGACCUUCAGCAAAAAGCCAACAUAUAUUCAACAUCAGAGGAUUCAGAAUGGUGAAAAGCCUUAUGAGUGUAUGGAAUGUGGGAAGGCCUUUGGUCGUAGUUCUGAUCUGAUUCAACAUCAGAAAAUUCAUACUAAUGAAAAACCUUAUCAGUGUAAGGCAUGUGGGAAAGCUUUUAUUCGUGGUUCACAGCUCACUGAACAUCAGAGAGUUCAUACAGGAGAGAAACCAUAUGAAUGUAAGAAAUGUGGAAAAGCCUUUAGUUAUUGUUCACAAUAUACUCUCCAUCAGAGAAUUCACAGUGGUGAAAAACCCUAUGAAUGCAAGGAAUGUGGGAAGUCCUUUAUUCUUGGCUCUCAACUUACUUACCAUCAGAGAAUUCAUAGUGGUGAGAAACCCUAUGAGUGUAAGGAAUGUGGAAAGGCCUUUAUUCUUGGUUCACACCUUACUUAUCAUCAAAGAGUUCAUACUGGUGAAAAGCCUUACAGAUGUAAAGAAUGUGGGAAGGCCUUUUUAUGUGCCUCCCAACUUAAUGAACAUCAGCGAAUCCAUACAGGUGAGAAACCCUAUGAAUGUAAAGAAUGUGGGAAGGCCUUUUUUCGUGGCUCACAACUUACUUACCAUUUGAGAGUUCAUACAGGUGAGAGACCCUAUAAAUGUAAAGAAUGUGGAAAAGCCUUUAUUUCUAAUUCUAAUCUUACUCAACAUCAGAGAAUUCAUACAGGUGAAAAACCCUACAAAUGUAAAGAAUGUGAGAAGGCCUUCAUUUGUGGCAAACAGCUUAGUGAACAUCAGAGAAUUCAUACAGGUGAGAAACCCUUUGAAUGUAAGGAGUGUGGAAAGGCUUUUAUUCGUGGUGCAUAUCUUACUCAACAUGAGAAAAUUCAUGGUGAGAAACAUUAUGAAUGUAAGGAAUGUGGGAAGACCUUUUUUCGUGCCACACAACUUACAUAUCACCAGAGAAUUCAUACAGGUGAGAAACCCUACAAAUGUAAGGAAUGUGACAAGGCUUUUAUUUAUGGCUCACAACUUAGUGAGCACCAGAGAAUUCAUAGAGGUGAAAAACCCUAUGAAUGUAAGCAGUGUGGGAAGGCCUUUAUUCGUGGUUCACAUCUUACUGAACAUCUAAGAACUCAUUCUGGUGAGAAACCCUAUGAAUGUAAGGAAUGUGGGAAGGCCUUUAGUCGUGGCUCAGAACUUACUCUACAUCAAAGGAUCCAUACUGGUGAGAAACCUUAUGCAUGUGUCCAAUGUGGUAAAGACUUUAGACGUCAUUCACAACUUACUCAACAUAUGAGAAUACAUACUGAUGAGAAACUCCUUGAAUGUAAGGAAUGUGGGAAGGAUUUUAGUUUUGUAUCAGUCCUUAUUCGACAUCAGCGAAUUCAUACUGGUGAGAAACCUUAUGAAUGUAAAGAAUGUGGCAAGGCCUUUGGUAGUGGUGCAAACCUUGCUUACCAUCAAAGAAUUCAUACUGGUGAGAAACCUUAUGAAUGUAGUGAAUGUGGAAAGGCCUUUGGUAGUGGCUCAAACCUUACCCAUCAUCAGAGAAUUCAUACUGGUGAGAAACCAUAUGAAUGUAAAGAAUGCGGGAAAGCCUUUAGUUUUGGAUCAGGCCUAAUUCGACAUCAGAUAAUUCACAGUGGUGAAAAGCCCUAUGAGUGUAAGGAAUGUGGGAAGUCCUUUAGUUUUGAAUCAGCCCUUACUCGGCAUCACAGAAUUCACACAGGUGAGAAACCUUAUGAAUGUAAGGAUUGUGGAAAGGCCUUUGGCAGUGGUUCAAACCUUACUCAACAUCGAAGGAUUCAUACUGGUGAGAAACCUUAUGAAUGUAAAGCAUGUGGAAUGGCCUUUAGUAGUGGAUCAGCCCUUACUCGGCAUCAGAGAAUUCAUACUGGUGAAAAACCGUAUAUAUGUAAUGAAUGUGGGAAGGCUUUUAGUUUUGGAUCAGCCCUUACUCGACAUCAAAGAAUUCACACUGGUGAGAAGCCUUAUGUAUGUAAGGAAUGUGGGAAGGCUUUUAAUAGUGGCUCAGAUCUCACUCAACAUCAAAGAAUUCACACUGGUGAGAAACCCUAUGAGUGUAAGGAAUGUGAGAAGGCCUUUAGAAGUGGUUCAAAACUUAUUCAGCAUCAAAGAAUGCACACUGGUGAGAAGCCCUAUGAGUGUAAGGAAUGUGGGAAAGCCUUUAGUAGUGGUUCAGACCUUACUCAACAUCAGAGAAUCCAUACUGGUGAGAAACCUUAUGAAUGUAAAGAAUGUGGCAAGGCCUUUGGUAGUGGCUCAAAACUUAUCCAACACCAGCUAAUUCACACUGGUGAAAAACCCUAUGAAUGUAAAGAAUGUGGAAAGUCCUUCAGUAGUGGUUCAGCUCUCAAUCGGCACCAGAGAAUACACACUGGUGAAAAACCUUAUGAAUGUAAGAAAUGUGGGAAGAAUUUUGGUACUGGCUCAAGCCUUACUCAACAUCAGAAAAUUCAUACUGGUGAGAAACUUUAUGAAUGUAAGGAAUGUGGAAAGGCUUUUGGGAGAGGUUCAGAGAUUCAGCAACAUAAAAAAUGUCAUACUGGUGAGUAGUAGAUCUGUGAAUUGGAAACUCUAUAAGUUAGAAUUAUGUGGUUAAGGAAGGAUACAGGACAGAAAAGAAAAUUCAUACUAGUGAGAGUCACUACAAAUGUAAUUAAGGUACAAAUGCCUUACUUAUGCUUUACCACUUAGUCUGAAAGAAUUUAUACAGAAAAAGAAAAACCACUCUGAAGAUCUCUGUCUAUAUUCAUUCUUUCGUUACUUUUGGAAAAUUCAUACUUGUGAAUAUUAAAAAUUAAAAAACCAUUUAUUGUAUUUUGCCUUUAUUUUAAACAUUGAAAAAUUCGCUUGGGGGCUAAUCCUGCUACCUUUGUUUUUUUUUUAUGUUCUUAAUUUUUUGUGCAUUAUACAGAAUUACUAAUCCAUCUCAAAAUUAUUUUAAAUUAUUUAUUGAGGGUCUAAAUUUAGCCUUCUUCCUGUUUCUCAUUUGAAUGCCAUUUAUUUAAUAACUAUAUUUUUGUAUUUUUUAUUGCCUGUUUGAUGGUAAGUUAUAUUUUUAUACAUAUAAAGCAUGGAUAUCGGGUCAGUCUUUGUUUCUAAAUUUGCAUAUCUGUGUUUGUAUCUGUGUUCCAUUUUGUUCGUGUUAAGUUACUGUUACUUUUAAGUAUCCUUUAAUAUCUUGUGGAUCUGUACCUUUUGUUUUGGAAGAUUGCUUUAUUUUCCUUUUAUAAGGUUUAUACUUCUCUUUUUGCAAAAUAAUUUUUCUCUAUAUUAAUGUAGAUAUGAACAAAAUAGAUAGUUAUCUGUAAUCAUACCAGUCAUAGACAAUCUUUGUCAAACUUUUGGAGCAAACUCUUUAAAACUACAUAUCAUUGUUUUUGACAGAAAGUGUGAUUGUGCUAUACUAUAACCAGCCUUUAAUAUUCGUUGUAAAUAUAUUGGUUACUCUUUUAUUGGCUUCAAAAUAUUCACCUGUCUUUAUCAAACCCCUAUUUUGUCAAAUAUUGAAAAUUUUACCAUUAUAAAGAGUUAUCUUGAUGGCCCCUUUUGAAUGUGUCUGCUUUGUUUUUUAUUCAUUUCAGAGAAAACGUGUGGGAUCUCUUCUACUUUUAAAGAUUUAUACAUUAUAAAGCUCUGCUUCCCUUUGGCCAACGGUCUUGACCCAGUUAUUUCCUAAAUGUUAACCGACUUAUUCUUCCAGGUCAUUUUAUAUGCAUAUAUAAUGUGCUUUUGGUAAUGUGGGCAUAAUUCGUUCACUUCAGAGGCUUGUUAUGUGGAUUCUACCAUUGUGCCUAUCACAUAAUAAAACUUGCAUAGUA